CAGAAGAAGAGGAUCUGCUUUACCUUAGUGACGUCGCUGCGAAGUUUUAGGAAUGUAUUUGGGACAUUCAGGACAAUAAAUCAACCCUCUGCAGCUAUCUGUCCGGAACUAAGAGACGGCUGUAGCUAUCAGUCCGGAACUAAGAGACGGCUGUAGCUGGUACCAGGGAUUUGGCUUAAUCUGCCUUCAGAACCACAAAGAACGCGCAAUUUAAGAUUCGGUUCGGCUGCUUCUCCAUUGUGUUUCUCAAUGGAAAACAAAUGGAAAAUAUGAGGGUUUCCAUGUGAUGGAAUGAUGUCACCACUAGGCAGUGACUGCAGCCCUGGAGGCUGAUUAACCCACCCCAUUGGCCAGCCAGGAUGCAUAUAGCAUCAGUGGGUGUCAGUAAGUCCUGCUUCCUGUUCUCUCUUGCUUUCUGCUCCCUCCUCCUUCUGUUCAUCCCAGCCCUCCAGUCCCCUACACAACAGCUGGAUCCACCUCAGCCCCGACCCCAAAACAAAUCUGCUCCAGCAAGGCAGUCAAACCAUGCGAAACUCCCAGGUGGUACCAUCGGUGCUGGUGGCACAAAUCUGGCUGCAGGGCUUAGUAAGACUUCAGAAGUCCAAAAAACACCUGUUAGAACUGAAAGUCCCAGUCCCAAAAGAGCUGUGGAAGUGAAAAUAUCAGGUUCUAGGCCCACUGACAGGCUGGAGUUGAAGGACAUUUUCAUCGCAGUGAAGACCACCAGGAAGUACCACAGGUCCAGACUGGACCUGCUGAUUCAAACCUGGGUGUCCCAAGCCAAGGAACAGACUUACAUCUUCACUGAUGGAGAGGACAAAGAGCUGCACAAGAAAACGGCAACUAACAUCAUCAACACCAACUGCUCAGCGGCUCACAACCGACAGGCUCUGUGCUGCAAGAUGUCUGUGGAGUAUGAUAAAUUCAUUGAGUCCCAGAAGAAAUGGUUCUGUCAUGUGGAUGAUGACGACUAUGUAAUCCUGCCUAGUCUGCUGCGACUACUGUCCUCAUACCACCACAGUCAAGACAUCUACCUUGGGCGGCCCAGUCUGGAUCACCCUAUAGAGGCUGCAGAGAGGGUAAAGAGUGAUGGAACCGAUUCUGUGAAGUUCUGGUUCGCCACAGGUGGAGCAGGAUUCUGCAUCAGCCGAGGACUGGCUCUGAAAAUGAGCCCCUGGGCCAGUUUGGGAAAUUUCAUCAGCACUGCAGAAAAGAUUCGCCUUCCAGAUGACUGCACCAUAGGCUACAUCAUAGAGGCCCUGCUAGAGGUGACUCUAACACACACUCACCUGUUCCACUCCCACCUGGAGAACCUGCAGAAGCUGCCUGUUUCCACUGUGCUUGAUCAGGUUACUCUGAGUUAUGGAGGCUUUCAGAACAGAAGAAAUGUGGUCAGCAUAGUAGGGGGCUUUUCGCUGGCUGAAGAUCCCACAAGGUUUAAGACAGUCCAUUGCCUUCUGUAUCCAGAUACUCAGUGGUGUCCAAAGUUUAAAUCUGGGCACAAAAACUGAAUUUAUGUCCUGCAGGAGUUGCCUCAUGGUUGGAUUAAGCAGCGCUCACCUGGAACCAUCCCAGCACACAGGUGUCCAGAACAUUUCUGGCUCCAAAAACAUUAUAGCUCCUGAGCUUAAGUCAUGUCUGUGAGGACAUGAUUGAACUGCAAAAUGUGGUCCACAUGGAAAGAUGUUUGGUACAUAUUUGUUUGGCUAAAUGUUACAGUAAUUAAUCACCUGAUGUGUGUCUCCAAUGCAAGCCUUUAACCAGCACCAGUGUUAACGAGGGGAAGCUGAAGACCCAAAGAAGGGACACUGAGGAUCCAGGUACUGGUUACGUUUGUCUCUGCUUUCUCAGCUUACAGCAACAACAUGAGAAGAUGCAAGUAUACGCAAGAUUAUUUUUGCUUGGUCAUGAAUGCUUUGGAAAAUAAAUUAUGAGUCAUUAGGAACCAUUAGGGUAACAAAGUCACCAUUUAAUUCUCUUUCUUGUGGUUUAUUGACCCAAUUUAGACUGUGGGUAACAGAUCUGUUUUUUCAGCCAGAACUGACUGAACUAUCAAAUUCUGAGAAAAUGUUCUGAUCUGUAGAUUCUUGUGCAGCCAGAUCAGAUGUUUUUCAUGUUGACUGGGGUUGGGAUGUCUGAUGUCUUUCUAGAUGAGAAGAAAUAUCUAUGAAAUGAUUCACACAGAGAACAAUUUUAAUGCAAAGAGCUGAUUUGGCCAAAUUCUCGCUUUAUGGUAAACACCUUUCAGUAUUUGAAGUUUUUAGUUGAAUGAAAUGAUUUUGUUGAUAUGAAAAUGAAGGUCAUGUUUAGGGUACUUUAAUGAGUGAGUGAAUGUGUUUCAUACAUUCACUAGAAAUGAGAUGUUAUAAAUGAGCUCACUGAACACUUUGAAUCAAUGCUUUUAUAAACUCAGCCUAAUAUCUUUAUCUUGUAUAUUUCUGCUCUUGUGUCUGCCUUCAUGUUUACCAGCUGUUGUUUGAUUUUACAAUGUUGAUGUAAAAAUUUAUGAAUUAUGUUUUAAAUUUGUGGCGCUCUGUCAGUUCAGUGUGUCGACAUGUCUUUACAGCCAAGAUAUAAAAUCUGCAACAAAUGUU